AUGUUUCGCAGCCAAAGGAUUGCACGGUUAUUGUUGGAGAAGGAAGAAGUGAACGAUCGAUUGCUUGCAAGCGAUCGUUCCCAGUGGUAUUCUAUUGACAAGACAACCUUAACUUCGUAUAUGCUAAAAAAGUUUCAUCAAUUCUCUAUGGAUAAAGAUGUGGAAACGUUUCUAAACAGUUCUCUUGAAACCAGUAAUUCACUGUGUUUACAGGUCUAUUAUACAUUUCUUACUUCGUUGUUAUCAGUGGUACUGACGAAAACAAGUAUUAAUGGUGUCUUGGGUCGAGGUGGUAUGCAUCUUUUUUCUUUCAGUCAGUUGCAAGAAAUUUUGGACGUUUCGGCUGAAUGGAUAUCUUGCGAUAAAAGGCUUCUGGAUUUGGGUGCUGGAGAUGGUCAGAUAACUGCUAUAAUGGCACAAUUGUAUAGGAUUGUUUCAGUUACAGAAGCUUCCAAGAUAAUGGAAUGGCGCUUGAAACAACGCGGAUUCAGAGUCGUUCGAAUGGAUAUCUGUCAGCAGUCGGGAACUUAUCAUUUGGUUUCAGCACUUAAUUUGCUAGAUCGUCAUUACAACCCAUCUUUGUUAUUAACUCAAUUACAUACGAUCACUCUACGUUCAGAAUCUUUGCUGCUGUUGGCUGUUGUUUUACCAUUACACCAGUAUGUAGAAUUUCAUCCAACAAGUCGUACAAAUCGGCCAGAUGUAAAAAUUUCGAUCAAAGGUAGGACGUUCGAAGAGCAGGCGAAUUCAUUAGUAGCAGAUGUUUUGGAACCAGCAGGAUUUGAGUUGCUCAAAUGGAGCAAACUACCUUAUUUAAGCGAAGGAGAUUUUAAAAGAGUAUGA